CUUAGACUCUUCUUCGCCCUUUUUCUCUGCUUUCAUUGGAGAUUCCCAAUUCCAGCUGGCAGAGCCCGCCAUUCUCCCCUUCUUAUACCUCUCUUCCUCCUCCGAUCCUUUCCAUACAUCGACCACUCACGAAUCAUUGUGUCUCCCUUUCCCUUAGAAUCUUAAUUAUUAGCAGAGAUAUAUCAAUGGCGAAGCUCAAUUUAGAGCUUCUGUUGCUCAUCUCCGUCUGUACUACUUGUCUCGUGGUUCAGCCGAGCUCCGCCCAACUCCGGCAGAAUUAUUACUCCAAAAUAUGCCCUAAUGUAGAAAGCAUCGUUCGGAACGCUGUUACCAAAAAGUUUCAGCAAACCUUCGUCACCGUUCCCGGAACACUCCGCCUCUUCUUCCAUGACUGCUUCGUCAAUGGUUGCGAUGCGUCAGUAAUUGUGGCGUCAACGGCGAACAAUAAGGCGGAAAAGGAUAAUUCGGACAAUCUCUCGCUCGCCGGCGAUGGGUUUGACACAGUCAUCAAAGCCAAGGCUGCCGUCGACGCCGUCACCCAAUGCCGAAACAAGGUCUCCUGCGCAGAUAUCCUCACCAUGGCCACCCGCGAUGUCAUCUCCCUGGCCGGCGGACCGUCGUACGCGGUGGAGCUGGGGAGGCUGGACGGGCUCGUCUCCACCGCCGCGAGCGUCAAUGGCAAACUGCCCCAACCGAGCUUCAACCUUAACCAGCUCAAUUCCCUCUUUGCUGCUAAUGGGCUCUCCCAAACGGACAUGAUCGCCCUCUCAGCGGCCCACACAUUAGGGUUCUCACAUUGCAACAGAUUUUCCAAUCGGAUCUACGAUUUUGGACGGCGCAAAGGAGCAAUCGACCCGAGCCUAAAUAAAACGUACGCAACUCAAUUGCAAGGAAUGUGCCCACGCAAUGUAGAUCCUAAUGUGGCGAUCAACAUGGACCCCAUCACCCCUCGAACCUUCGACAACAUAUACUUUCGAAACCUACAACAACGUAUGGGCCUUUUCACGUCUGACCAGAUCCUAGCCGAUGAUUCCCGAUCCCGCCCGACGGUCGACACAUGGGCUGCUAAUUCUAACGCGUUCAACACUGCCUUUAUAGCAGCCAUAACUCGCCUCGGGCGUGUAGGCGUCAAGACCAACACCUCACAGGGAAAUAUUCGUCGGGACUGCUCGGUUUUCAAUUAAAAAAUCUCGUUUUGUACUUCUUUUCCUACCAAGUUUUGAUUUUUUUUUUAAAUUUGGGUUCAAAUUAUAUUGGGGAAUAAAUGAAUAGUUUAUGAUGUGGGAAAUAAGAAAGGGUGGCUCUGUCCAUUGGAAUAUUUGGAUGGAGGACAGAAUAAGCGGCUGUUUGUUAAUUGUUUUAAUAAAGAAAAAGUGAAGGCAUUGUGA